UUAUGUAAAAAAAAAAAAAAUAACAAUGACUGUGCCGAUUUAUUUUUCAAGAAAAUAUGAUAAUCAUGGACUGUACCCUAAUUGUCGGAAUAUAUUAUUUUUUAUAAUUAUCACUGUGAUAUUUUGCAUCGUGUUAUCAGUUACAUACUUUGUUUUUUGUUAUCGGACUACUUCAAAUACUAUUGUUUACAAACCAUUAAACUUGGAAGAUAUUUCAAACAUUCCGGACGUGAUAUUAGAAGAUAAUUUACCUGGAGUUGUUGAAACAAACACUUCAUGCACUCAUUUUAAAUGUUUCAAUGUUUAUCGGUGUGGAGUUCAAGGAAAUAAAUUGUUAGUUUAUGUUUAUCCAUUAAAAAAUUACAUUGAUGCAUCAGGAAAGCCUGUAUCUGGCCAAUUAUCUAAAGAAUUUUUACAAAUUUUGCAAGCUAUAGUUAAUAGUAAACAAUAUACGCCAAAUCCACAUAAAGCAUGUAUUUUUGUUCCAUCAAUUGAUACUUUAAAUCAAAAUAAAUUGAAUACUAAAGAAGUGUCUCGAGCUUUAGCAAGUUUAGAAUUUUGGAAUGGAGGAGAAAACCACAUAAUUUUUAACAUGAUUCCUGGAAGUUUCCCAGACUACAACACUACUUUAGAUGUUAAACUUGGUAAAGCAAUUAUUGCCGGAGCUGGAUUUUCAACUUUAACUUUUAGAAGUGGUUUUGAUAUUAGUCUACCGGUCUUUUCAUCAAUAUCCAAGCUAAAAGUGUCUCACAAAAAAACUCAUUUUUUGAUUUCUGCACAGAUUAAUAUUAAUGCAGCUUUUGAACAAGAUUUGACAGAAAUUUCAAUGACAUCACCAAAUGAUAUUUUAAUUCUACGACCUUGUCUACACCACAAUCCUAUGAGUAACGCCAUUCGAUGUUUUGAUGGAAAAAUUUACAAAUAUCCAGAAGUACUAAGAUCUUCAAUUUUUUGUUUGGUAAUUCGAGGGGCCAGAUUAGGUCAAAGUAUACUUUUGGAGUCACUAGCAGCUGGUUGUAUCCCAGUUAUUGUCUCCGACUCAUCUAUCAUGCCAUUUCAUGAUAUAAUUGACUGGAAGAGUGCAGCAGUAUUUAUAAGAGAAGUAGAUAUACUUACUACGAUUAAAACUUUAAAAAAUAUAUCAACAACAAGAGUGAAUGAAUUAAGAAAUCAUGGCCGGUGGCUUUGGAAACAAUAUUUCAAAUCUAUGGAAGCUAUAACUCAAACAACAUUGGAGAUAUUAACUGAUCGAAUUUUCCCUCAUUUAGCAAGAAAUUACAAUGAUUGGAAUAUUGCUCCGGGCUCCAAAAACUUUCCACCGCUUUUUCUACCGGUGACUGCACCCAAAACCCAUGGAUUUACAGCUGUUGUCUUGACUUACGAUCGAGUAGAGCUUUUAUUCUCUCUUGUUAAUAAAUUAACCCAAGUUCCAAGCUUAUCUAAAAUUCUUGUUAUCUGGAACAACGUUAAAAAAGAUCCUCCAGCUUCUUUAAGAUGGCCAAAGAUUAAUAAACCAAUUCAAGUAAUUCGAACUAAAGAAAAUAAAUUAUCCAACAGAUUUUAUCCUUAUGAUGAAAUCGAAACUGAAGGUGUUCUUUCAAUCGAUGACGAUAUUAUAAUGUUGACUGCUGAUGAAUUAGAAUUUGCUUACGAAGUUUGGCGAGAAUUUCCUGAUAGGAUUGUUGGAUUUCCAUCAAGGACACACACUUGGGAUAAUGAAACGAAUUGUUGGAAAUAUGAAAGUGAAUGGACUAAUCGUAUAUCAAUGGUAUUAACUGGAGCAGCAUUUCAUCAUAAAUUCUGGAAUUAUCUUUAUACAACAGCUAUGCCUGGGGACAUAAAGAUGUGGGUUGAUCAACAUAUGAAUUGUGAAGAUAUAGCCAUGAACUUUUUAGUUGCUAAUGUCACUGGAAAAGCACCAAUAAAAGUUACUCCAAAAAAGAAGUUCCGAUGUCCGGAGUGUACUAAUACAGAAAUGCUUUCUGCAGAUUUAGCCCACAUGGCUGAGAGGACUCAAUGCAUCAAUCGCUUUACAAAUAUUUACAAAACAAUGCCAUUAAAAUCAGUCGAGUUUCGAGCAGAUCCUGUGUUAUUUAAAGAUGUAUUUCCAGAAAAACUGAAACGAUUCAAUGCUAUAAGAAGUUUAUAAAGAGAUUUAUAAUAUAAAAAUGAUUUAAAAUUAUUGUUUAUAUCUUUUAUAUAGUUUCAUGUAAAUAUUUUUCAUUAAAAUAUUGUAAAUAAAAUUCAAAAAUUAUUUCA